CGUAUUGGGGGUGAGCAACAGCUCCUGUGGAAAACAACAACAAUCGUUAGAGCAGAGCAGAGCAGAGCAGAGCAGCAAACAGAGAUGGUUCCGUAAAGCUCAACACUUCUGGUCCUUACCACUGUAUUCAGUCCAGCUGCUGCUAUUUCUACUGAAGCUUUAUACGUCGAUGGUGCCGAACCCAUGAACCUGGCCAGUCAAAACGGAGACGCUGGCGGAAGCCAGCUGCUCUUCGCCAACUUUAACCAGGACAACACGUCCUUAGCUGUUGGCACCAAAUCAGGAUACAAGUUUUUCUCCCUGUCCUCUGUGGACAAAUUGGAGCAGAUUUAUGAAUGUACUGACACUGAGGAUGUGUGCAUUGUGGAGCGUCUGUUCUCCAGCAGCCUGGUGGCUAUAGUUAGUCUGAAGGCCCCCCGGAAGCUCAAAGUCUGUCACUUCAAGAAGGGAACUGAGAUCUGCAACUACUCCUAUUCAAACACUAUACUGGCUGUGAAGCUCAACAGACAGAGGCUGAUUGUGUGCCUGGAAGAGUCGCUCUAUAUUCACAACAUCAGAGACAUGAAAGUGCUGCACACUAUUCGAGAGACUCCGCCUAACCCUUCAGGAUUGUGCGCCCUUUCCAUCAGCAAUGAUAACUGUUACCUGGCAUACCCAGGCAGUGCUACGAUAGGAGAGGUCCAAGUGUUUGACACAGUCAACUUGAGAGCAGCAAAUAUGAUUCCAGCCCACGACAGCCCAUUAGCGGCUCUGGCUUUCGAUGCUACUGGAACUAAGCUGGCUACAGCAUCAGAGAAGGGUACAGUCAUCCGUGUCUUCUCGAUCCCAGAGGGACAGAAGCUCUUUGAGUUUCGACGAGGAGUCAAGAGGUGCGUUAGCAUCUGUUCGCUGGCGUUCAGUAUGGACAGCCUGUACCUUUCUGCCUCCAGCAAUACAGAGACGGUCCACAUCUUCAAAUUAGAAACACAGAAGGAGAAGUAUGUGCCAGCCGAGGAGCCCACCACGUGGGGAGGUUACCUGGGGAAGGUCUUGAUGGCGUCCACCACCUACCUGCCUUCCCAAGUCACGGAAAUGUUUACCCAGGGGCGAGCCUUCGCCACCGUACGUCUACCCUUUUGCGGGCAUAAGAAUAUCUGCGCCUUAGCUGUGAUUCAGAAGACUCCCAGGUUGCUUGUAGCAGCGGCUGAUGGCUACCUGUAUAUGUACAACCUGGAUCCACAAGAGGGGGGCGAAUGCACACUAACGAAGCAGCACAGGUUAGACGGGAGUACCGAGCCCCCCAAUGAGAUCCUUGAGCAGGCGUCACAUGAUCGCCCACUUGUGGCCCAGACCUACAGUGCUGCUGUCUCAAAGGGUUACUGUGAAGAGCAGGGCGCUGUGGGAGGGGUGGGGCUUGACGACGACCUCAGCGACCUACGCUUAGAGGAAGACAACGAGCAACCGCCGCUCAUCCUCGAGACCGAGUGACUGGACUGAUGGCUGUACCCAUCGAUCAGAGGGCUCCUCUGGUGCUGCUAGAGACACGUGACCCCGAAAGGGGCGUGGACAGGAUCAAAGAUAGAGGCGGGGAGGGGGGAGUGUCUUUGUUUUUCUUUUAAAGUGUUCAAGAGCCUGUCUGCCAGUUUGUUCAUGCAUCCGUCCGUUCACAUACAUGUCUUCUUUUUUUCUUUUUCUUUUUUCCUUCCCCCCCCCCUUCCCUCCUGCGCUCCCUUUUCCCUCAGUUUAGCCUGAGCAGGCCAAACUGAAGCUUUGCAUGUACAUGUGCCAAAAGCUCAAGUGUGAAAAUGAGUAUCUGAGAGUGUGAGUGUCAUUUAAAAAAUAAAAAAUGUAGCUGUGUCUCUGUUGAAGACACUCUCACACACACAGCGAGCCCUGUGUGUGUGAGUAGAAACUGAUUGUGUAAGUGCCUCUCUGCCCCCGCUGUGAUGGCUUUCUUGUGUUUGAGAGGGGCGACCUCUUUUCAUUGGCUGAAUAAAAUCUUCUUUCACUUGUUCAAUCUUAA